AUGGCUCCAAGUUCUAAAAAUAAGAAGAAGAAGGCUAAGGCCAAACAUGGUAAAAAGAAUCAUUCUAAUAAUGACAUCAGCCCGUCGAGGCUACCAACAGAAAUGAAUGCAGAAGUAUUUGAUAGUUCUGAAGAAUAUCCAACCAGUCGUGUUAUAAAGAGUGGUCCAAAUGGUGACGUUAUCGUGGAAUCAAUAACUUCCGAUGAUGAUGACAUGAAACAUAAAAAGAAAAAUGAUGCGAAAGAUAAUACAGAUAAUAUGAACAAUAAUGAACCUUCUACUAUGGCAUCUGUCUUAGAUAAUCAUUGGGAAACUUUAUCUCCAGAGAUUAAAAAGAGAAUACUAAGAAUAGAUAAGAAUGAAGUAUUUUAUGUCAUCCAAAAAUAUCAAAGCACUCAUAAUUGUAAUUGUACAGUUUGUGGACGUCGUCAUAUGUCUAUGGACCAAGAAAUGGAAAGGAUAUAUAAUACAUUAUAUGAGAUCGAUAAAGUGAAAGAUCCAGAGAUUAAUCCGGUGAAGUUCCAUCUAGGUAUAAUUAAGGAGCUUCAACUUUCAAGACAUACGGAUGAGAACAAUACUGAAGAAUCGCCGUCUAGGGUACCUCAUGACGAUACGCUCAAUGGUAGCACUCCGAUAAAAUCUUUUAUACCCUCUAGUAAUGUGGAGUCACUGAAAGAAGAAGUAAUGCAUUUUAAACAGAAUAGACAACGAAAAUACAUAGACGACGAAUCAUCCAACCAGAACAAAGGACAAUUAAAUACUGAAGAUGAAGAAAACGUUCUUGAAACUAAACAAAAUGCACCACAGAUUGCUUUAGCACAACAAUACAAAGAUUUUACCAAGAAUUUUAUAUCAUCUCAUCCAAAACUAGCCAGUGAAUAUGUUAACAAGAUGAUGCUUUAUCCUGAUAUGUUAAAUGUGACGAACAAUAUGAUGGGUAUUGGUUCAGAUAAAAAUUUUGUUGCAACAAUGACUGAUUUUGUAGCCCAAAAACUGAAGAAUGGUGCUGAUGAAAUAAAUAAGGACGGCAUGGGUGACCCGAAGGUGUUUACUACCAUGUUACAUAACGGUACACCUUUAACACCUGAUGAAUAUAUUGAACUUCAAAGGAAUAUCGCGGAUAGAAUGACUAACUCCUAUGAUACAAAGAAAAGAGAAUUUAACUCCAUAUCCCCUCUUGAAAAGGAAUUAUUUGUAAGAUUUAUGUUAAGUGAUAACAGAAAACAAUUUGAAGAUAUUGUGAUGCAAUCAUUUCGGGAAAAGUUCGACUACGAAUUUGGUGGAUCAUCUAUCAGUGCGUCAUUGGCUGCUGCAGCCGCAGCUGCAACGUUAACUAAUCCUCUUUCUGCAUUAAAUUCAACGCAAGAUUCUACAAAGUUCCAUAACUAUGAUGCAAGGAAUGAUGUUUCUGAUGAUGAAUACGAAUAUUCAGAUUAUGAUGAUGAAGAAGAAGAAGAAGACGACGAUGAACACGGUGGAAGUGGAAUUUUAUCAGAUUAUUUAGAAGACGAAGAUGAAACUCAUCCAAAAGCUAGUUACGACGAAGAUGGUCAUUUUGACGCGAAUGAUCACAUGAUGAAACACCAUCCCGAACACUUGAAUUAUACUCCUCAACCUAACAAUGGAAAUUUCCACCAAUAUUUGGGAUCUGAUGAAUUUGAAGAAGAUGGGGACAGUUAUGAUGAUGAUGAGGAAGAAGCAGAAGAAGAAGAAUUUGAAGGAGAAGAAGAAGAAGAGGAAGAAGAAGAGGGAGAAGAUAAUGAUAUUGGCGAUGAAGAAGAUGGUUAUGAAAGUCCUUACGACGAAGCUGAACGUUUAGAAGAAGGUCGUAAACUAUUACAAAUUGCAAUUACUAAACUCUUGCAAGGUCGAAUAUUAGAAUCCUACCACGAAUCGGAAGCUGAAAAUAAUAGAUUAAAAUUGUUAAAAGAAUUAGAAGAUGAACAGAAAUCUAAGGAAGAGAAGAAACAAAAGAAACAAAAGAAGAAGGAAAAAGAAAAAGAAAAGAAAAAACAACAACAAUUAGCUAAAGAAGAAGAAAAGAGGAAAAAAAUUGAUGAAGAGGAACGAAUUAAAAAGGAAAACGAAGCUCGUGAAUUAGAAAGAAGAGAGGCCCAACGUAAGAAAGUAGAAGAAGUUAAAAGAAAGAAAGAUGAAGAGAAAAGACGAAAGUUAGAGGAACAACGUAAAAGAGAAGAACUCCAGGAACGUCAAAGAAAACUAAAGGAAGAACAAAAACGUAAAAGAGAAGAAGAAAAGAAAAAAAAGGAGGAAGAAAAGAAAAAAUCAAAAGAAAGUAAGAGACAGAUACAAUCUGAAGAAACCAGUAAAAAUUUAGAGCUAGAACGACAAUCGAUUCAAGCACCACUUUCACAAACUGAUGAUAGCUUACCACCCCUUAAGCAAUCUAAUAUAACAAAGGAAUCAAACAUUUCAAGCAAUAUUUUGGAACCUCCAAAGUUUGAAAGCGUUAGUAACGACAUUUCAGAUAUUAUAAGUUCCGUAACUGCAUUCAAAUCUAUCUCUGAAUCUCCGUCACACCUUCAAAAUCUAUUACAUCCUCAAAUCCCUACGAUGGGAACGCCAGUCUCGAAAACUGCUCGUAGUAGUAUUGACCAAACGACCAACCCACUUGCUUUAGAUGCAAACCAGUUAUUCCCAACAACAAAUAGUCUGCUCUCUACACCUGUCUUACCAACAUCAAGACAAAAUGAAUUUGAUAAUCUAUAUUCAUCGUUAUCGAAUAAUCCACCUCCAGCAUUAGCAGGGUUGCCUGGAUCUAAUAUGGAGACACCUUUGUGGAAUUCCUAUUCGUCUCCAAGCAUAUCACAAGCGAUUGGGAACCCUAUGACCCAAACAGAUCCAUUGGCAUAUCGUUCUGUCACAGGGACACCACAAGCUAGAUUGGCUUCUUACAAUCAAAUUGCAAAUACCAAUCAAUCCAAACAAUCUUUCACUGAUGAAUUAAAUUCUUUAACAAACAUGCUUUCAUAUUCUGGUUUGAAUGAACCAAAUUUUACAACUAGUUCUGCUGAUCAGAUGUGGAAUAAUGGACAAAGGAAUUCCACAUCAGCUAGAAUAGCAACACAACCGAUGAGUAACUUGAAUACAUCGGGCAGUUCUCUUCAUAAUUCUGUUCCUUCAACUGCUAUGCAUCAAUUUAUGGAUACCAAUUCUGCACGUUCAGGUUCAAUAUGGAAUAAUAGUAUAAUUGAUCAAAGCAAUCAAACUCCUUUAGCUAGUUCAACAAACAAUACUUCAAGGGUUGGAGCGAAUACGAUGAAUAGACCACUUCAAGAUCAAACAACUGACGUAUCAAAUUUGUUACCUUCUAGCAUUUGGAAUGAACCGUCUCCAACUUUCAUGAAUACGAAUACCAAUAUGGUACCUCAAACCUCCAAUAAUAAUAUUUUCAAUAAGGAACAAUCUAUUUCAGAUAUGAUUUACAAAGAGUGUAAUAUAUUGCAACAACAAGAUCCGUUACAACAACCUUAUAUUUUGACUGAAUUACUAUUCCAUCGUAUAGCUUUCUUAGGGUUAGAUUAUAAUACUUUCAUGAAUAUUCUAUUGAAUAUGAGAAGUAAUUAUGGGGUAGAGGCAAUUCCUGAUGUUAACGGGACAAUCUCACAUAUUAUGUUGAGUAAGAGUACAAUGAUGCCUUCACCACCCUCAAUAGCUGAUAUCAGUCUCCAUCCUCAAGAUCCAAUGAACUUGGCUAAUGAUGUCUUUAAAUCAGCUAGUGUUAAUACUUCAAUGGGUAAUAUAGACUAA